AUGGCUACCUCGACCGGUCUCCCGCGCAUGUCCUUCGGGGCCAGCAAGUCACUCGACCUUUCUCUGGACCUGCCCAUUGUCCUUUUGCCUCCAACAGACGACCCGCCUUCGCCAAUUGACGAGAGCGACGACGAGGAUGAUCAGAGGACACCCACAACCGCAACGAUCCCACAGAUUCCUGAGCGAAGCAUCCGCCGCGACAACAAUGAGUCUCCGACACUCGGCAGCCCCAAGGUCCCGCGCCAUCCUAUCCCCUCUAUGCAAUCUGCUUUCAACGAGUCCUUCCUCGAAGUCGCCGAUGGCAACCCCGCCGCCAAGCCAAAGUUGAAGACGGCUGACGCAAAGAUCCGUCGCGAAGAGCUCAUAAGCCAGGAGCGCGAAGAUGACCUCCCCGACAUGCUCUGGCGUUUCCGUCCUGGCCAGCAGCAGCACGAGCUUCACAAGCUCAUGGCUCAAAUAUCAUUUGGCGUCUACUUACUGCUCAAUGGCAUGGCCAACAGCGCUGCUCAAGUAGUUAGCAUUCUCCAGGGACACAUCGAUGAAGUGGACGAGUUUCUUGAGGUUGUAAUGGAGGAUUUUGAACAGGCUUCCAAAGACUUGAAGGAGAGGAUAGACUACCUGCGCUUGCCGAUGGAAAAUCUGGAAGUGUUUGAGAAGCUGUUGGAGGACCGUAAUUUUCGACUGGAAAUUGUCCAAGGGAACGAAAAGAUUGAGCACAUUGUCGCCCGCACCAACAUCCAGCUCGAGCAAUACGACAAGGAUGUACAGCAUGGCUUAGCUGCGACGAAGGAGUUUGCCAUUUACCUAGCCCAACAAAACGCCGGCACAUGGCGCCAAGAUCGACCAGAUGUCGUCGACAUUUACGCCGCCAUGAAGGGCAACACGGAGGGCUGGUAUAACGCAUUUGUUGAGUUGCAGGCUCAAGGGAAGGAACUGAACGCUCUGGUUAUCAGGCUUGGCAAAAUGGUGGCGGAGAUGAGCAGGAAGGCUGGUGAAGUCAGCAGGAGAACUUGGGCGAGCAUCCCACCAUUCACUUUGCCGAUUCAAGGACCUCGAACUGAUGAGGCCUCACUCAACUCCCCGCCGGCUUCUCCCCCUUCUCUCAGGAGCGCAAGACGAUCAACGCUCCGCGCCAACAGCGUCAUUACACCGAAGCUGACCUUGGAGACGCCUGAUGGUCCGUCGGGGUCUUUCGAACCCGAAGAAGUCGAAGUCGCCAUUGACGACGCUCCGCUGUAUAUCCUGCAGCCUCGGACAUAUACGCCUCAGCCCCCGGAACCUCUACCCUCGCCUAUGGUGACUGAGUCGCCCAAACCUGAGCCGCAACGAGAGGCCCCCGUACCAACAAAGAAGACUUCGCUCCGACAACGAGUCUCGCUCAAGACAACGCCUCCGGAGUCCAUUCAAAUCCCUCCUCCCGCUACAGACCUACACCACUCCCAUGCUGAGAGAGAAUCGCCCCGGCAAUACCAGGCUCCCGAUUCAGCGUACGGCUCAGAUAUCGACCAACGACCGCGCUACCACAACACCAAUGAGCUGUCUCCGCAGGUGCAGCAACCGCCAGUCCUGCCCUCUCCUCGGUCUGAGCACCAGUUUUACCGCCCGGUGCAGGCAAGCCCGCAUUCUCCUCUGCAGCAAAGGCCCCUUACGGCUGGUGCGCAACCUCGGUCUCCUUAUGCUCAAUCUGGGUACUAUCCCUCCCACCAGAGGAACGCACCCUCCCGCUUGGGUGGCGCAAGUAUGUUGAGUACCGUCACGACUAUGACUUACGAUUCUCAAGCCACGGCUAGCGGUGAAAAGCGACUGAAGAAGAAGCGCAGUGCAUUCGGCUGGUUGAAGAAGGCAUUCUCUCUCGAUGAGGAAGAGCGGAUGGCAUACGAACAGCGGAGGCAGCAACAAACGCCGAAUAUGUACUACGAUGCCAGAAGCCCCAAGUUCUUGGACGGCAAGAGAGUAACACCGCGCUGA